AAAGAAGGAACUGAGAGGGGUGGGGAGGAACCACUGUCUCUCCUGAAGUGCAAGCUGGGAGCGUAGUAAGAAUUUUGCUUAUACAUAUGUAAAUACUUGUGAUUAUCUCAACUAUGCUUUCUUUAGGAGCAUGAAGCCAACUUUCCGUAGGAAUCCUAUCCUUGCCAGACCCCAAAGGAACGGAAUAAAAAAGACAUGCAGCCAAAUAAAUAGAUGCUUAGUAAAUUAAAUGCUGCACUUUUUUUAGAUCCUGCAUGCUUUAAGCAUGACUGUGUCUAUAAAUAUUAUAUAGAAGCAUUAUGGACUUAGCGCAGAUUUAAAUUUUAUUUACUAAAUCAAAAUUUGAUAGAGUAUGCUGGACCUUCCAGUAAAAAGGGAGAGUAAACAUUAGGGCUGCGCACAGCAUAGAUUGCAAAGAUUUCGGUUCUUUCAUUAUACAAAUAUUUGUAAAUAGUUUGUAGGAUUAAUAGUUUCUCUCUAAACAGCAUUGUCCAUGAGGUAUUUUGUAGCACAAAAAACUGUGGAAAAUAUGUAAAAGAAGAGAAGAAAUGUGGGUCUGUAAUCCUUUGUUCACAAUGUAAAUUGGAGUGGCAUUACUACUUGGUCUUUUUUUUCCCCCAGAAUAAAAAGGGAGGAGAAUCCUUUGGAAAUGACAAAGGCAGCCAUUCAGCUUGUGGUAGCUGAUAAAACAAAAGAAAAUAUUGACCUUUCACUCCUCCUGGGUCUUCAGACUGGCUGGCUGUUUUUGUGUAAAACAAGGACAACAUCUUCUAGUCUUCAACUUGGAUUUUGCAGCCAUGCUCCACAUUCUUGUCCCUAGGAAUGUUUCCUCAAAGAAAGGCCUUAAGCUAAAGUCACACUAAAUCUGUGCUUAUUUCCAGAAGCUGGCCUUUUCAAGUGAAGUCUUAGAUCACUGGAAGAGGAACAUGACAGAAGCGCUACUGUGUACACUAAUAUCUUUUCUGUGCUGAGAAUGUAAACAUGGAGAAACUUCAGAGUAGGGAAAACUCCAAGCAGGUUUAUGAGAGAAAAAAAAAUGAAGAACUACAGAUUCAACAAGCAAAAUGAUAAAGAGGCUUAAAUAUGAAUUUAGAUAUUGAUGUUCCUAGAGAAUUGGUUUCAAAAUUAUGACUUGGAUUCUUGGGGUUCUCUGAGUUUCAUUAUCCCUGCAGGGGUUUCUUUCUCAAACCCCAAGACCCCAACCAUUUAAUUCUGAGCUACAUAUAUUUUCUACUUUUGAAGUCCUAGUUUCCAUACAUCUCCAAAUUAUACUUUCUAACUAUGCUUUAAGAAACAAGACAUUUUGCUUUGCAGUAGAUACCCAAGAGAACAAACACAAGAUAAUUUCAACCUCUAAGUCAGGGGUGUCCAAUCUUGACAACUUGAAGAUCUGUGGACUUCAAGUCCCAGAAUUCCCCAGCCAGACAUGCUGGUUGGGGAAUGUUGACAGUUGAAGUUCGCAAGUCUUAAGCCUUCAUGUUCAGUUAAAUAUAAUUUGUUGAAGCAGCCCUGAUACAUCUGUAAUAUCUUUGGAUUGUGUACUAUAAAUGUGUACCAGGUGGAGGGUAGCCUAGAUGUAUCCAAUGACUAAGUAUGCCUGAUCAUACUAUCUAUCGUGGUCCCGUUCUCCCAUACAUGAUGUAUUUAUUUAAUAUAUCAAAUCUAGAAAAUGGUUAUCUUAUUCACUGACUGUAGUGAGUAAGUAACUGUAGUAACAGUUUUCUUUGAUUAUUUGUAAACAGAAUGGGAUGGCAUUUUCAAGAAAAUUAGUUUAUCAGGACAUCACAUUCCUCAGAAAUCAAUGUUAUGCUUGAACAUAAAAUUUGAUUUUAAAAAUCAUUGGUCAUUUUAGGAAACAAGGUAGUAUGUUCACAUGAUGGCAGAUCUCAUCCAAGUUACUUAAGUUUGAUUUCAGGGAAACAUGAAAGGAAAUUCAAGAAGAAUCUUUGUGAAGGUGUUUGGAUUAAGAAACUGAUUGUGCCUCAUGGAGCAAAUAGACAAAUUAAACAACAUUUUUCCAGCGCAAGCUGCAUUGGGGAUGUAUUCAAACGAGUCCCUUCAAUUUGGCCAUCUUCCGGUCUGCAGCUGCCUCCAUGUGAAGAUGGCACUCACAAAGGACCUCCUGCACUCCUCCCCCGAAGAGGAGAAGCGGAAGCACAAGAAGAAGCACCUGGUGCAGAGCCCCAAGUCAUACUUCAUGGACAUCAAGUGCCUGGGUUGCUACAAAAUCACCACAGUUUUCAGUCAUACCCAGACAGUUGUGUUGUGUAUCGGCUGCUCGACUGUGCUGUGCCAGCCCACUGGUGGAAAGAUGAGGUUAACAGAAGGAUGUUCUUUCUGGUGAAAGCAACAUUAAACAGUGGACACUUGCCACGGGAUGGGUUUGGGACUAUGGGCACAGUUGUCGGUUGUGACCCGGGGUGUUUCUCCGGGGCACCGAUGGAAGUAUAUUAUGGAAUGGAGUUGUGGGGGGGGGAUAUGUAGAGUUACUUUUGAGGGGUUCCUUCCCCUUGUGGCUUUGGCACUGUCCUUGUAGCCUUACCUAUUUCAUUCAAUAAACUUUGGAAGUGUGUGUGUGUGUGUGUGUGUGUG